GGCGAGAGCAAGGUGGAUGCCACGCUUGCUGCACUACGUACCGGUGUCAUUACCGAUCUGGUGGCAGACGAGACCCUCGCGAGGGCUCUGAGUUCGCGGGUCGGAUUGCAACUGGCACAGUCCGCAUGAAGCGGCUGGGUCACGAGGGGAAACGGGCCGGUCAGAUAAGACAGGCCCCCGCAUGUCGGAGGACAUAUACGUGAAAAAGUUUCUAACCAUCGGCACGGCGCUUGCCGGACUGGCCUUUUCCAUCGCGAGUGCACAAGCAGCCGAUAUCAAGCCCGCCGUGCUUUACGAUCUGGGCGGUCGGAAUGACGAAUCGUUCAACCAGGCAGCUUUCACCGGAGCCGAGAAGUUCAAGGCCGACUACGGCGUUGAAUUCCGUGAUUUCGAAAUUCAGAACGACGCUCAGCGUGAACAGGCUUUGCGCAACUUUGCCAAGCGCGGCAUGAACCCGAUCGUGGCUAUCGGAUUCUCACAGGCCAAUGCGGUUGAGAAGGUUGCAAAGGAAUUCCCCGAUACCCAGUUCGCGAUUGUCGACAUGGUCGUCGAUCUGCCGAACGUCCGCUCGAUCCUGUUCAAGGAACAUGAAGGGUCCUACAUCGUCGGCAUGCUUGCCGCGAUGGCUUCCGAAACCGGGAAGGUCGGGUUUGUCGGGGGGAUGGACAUUCCAUUGAUCCGCAAGUUCGCCUGCGGCUACAAGCAGGGCGUAAUGGCCGUGCAGUCGGAUGCGGAAGUGUUUGAAAACAUGACCGGCACAACCGGCGCCGCCUGGAACGAUCCGGUCAAGGGCGGAGAGUUGGCCAAGUCGCAGUUCGAUCGUGGCGCGGAUGUUGUCUACCACGCGGCAGGCGGCACCGGCAUUGGUGUUCUCCAGGCUGCAGCCGACGCAGGUAAACUCGGCAUCGGCGUCGACAGCAAUCAGAACGGCCUGCACCCGGGAUCCGUGCUGACAUCCAUGCUGAAGCGUGUCGACAUCGCCGUCUUCCAGGCGUUUGAAGAUGCCAAGAACGAUAACUGGUCUUCCGGUUUCGAGGUUCUCGGCCUGCAGGAAGGUGGCGUUGACUGGGCACUCGACGCCAACAACGCGGAACUCGUUAACGACGAGAUGAAGGCGGCCGUCGAAGAAGCCACCCAGAAAAUCAUCUCCGGCGAAGUUGUUGUCCAUGACUACAUGGCCGAUGAAUCCUGCCCGGGCUAA